AUGAAAAAUGUCUGGAGCUUGAUCCCACUAAAGACGACCUUUGACCCUGACCUCUUCCACUCCUUCGUAGUUGCGGUGGAAAGUCUAACUCCUUUGACUUGUCUCCCACCGUGUGGAUCUCCUGGGGAUGUGUUUUCUUGGGUUUGUUGGUGCUUGUGGACCACGAGAAACCAGCUUCUAUUCGAAGCUCGCCCGGCCUCAGCUCAGAUCACAGCUACAAAAGCUCUUACGAAUGCGCUGGAAUGGUCACAGGCGCAAGUUCCUCUCACCGACGCCUCAAAGGAUACUCAGAUCGCAGUAACCCUACAUUCGAUUCCGGCCGACACAGUUACUUGCAGAACGGAUGCGGCCUGGAAGAAGGAAACUUCAGAAGCGGGACUGGCAUGGAUCUUCGACUCUUGCUCUUCGUUGACUGCCUCCGAUGGUUGCCAAUAUCAAUCACGAGUCUCCUAUGUUCUCAUGGCUGAAGGGUUAGCGGUUAGGGAAGCUCUAUCCCACGCUCAACACAUCGGCAUCACCAAAAUCUGGAUUAAAUCAGAUUCUCUCUCGCUUGUAAAAGCGAUCAAUUCGAUCUCAAAGCCGAGGAUGCUCUACGGAGUAUUAUCGGACAUCAAAUCCCUUUCAUCUUCCUUUGGUUUUUGUUGUUUCUCUCAUAUUCCAAGACUUGAGAAUGGGCUUGCUGAUGGACUAGCAAAAGCUUGUCUCUCCAAUGUUGUAACCACUUGGGCCUGA